ACUUGUGAAAAGAAUUGUAUAAAACGAUGGCCAAAAGCCCAAUUUCUCUCAAUUAUCCCGCCAUGUUAUCUCUUCCGCCUAAAGCCCCACUCAGUUUCAAAUCCCUAAACCCCACCAAAAUCCAAUGCUGCAAAUCCCAAACCCAAACCGAGAGGGGCCACUCAUUCGACACCGGUGACACCUUCUUCCGCCACGAGAGCGCCACUGGCCGCGACCUCGGCGUGCUUGCCGCUGCCGUUUACAAGAAAAACUACAAUGCCCUCCGGGUGCUCGACGCAAUGUGCGGUUGUGGAAUCCGCUCUCUGCGCUACCUGGCGGAAGCCGGCGCCGACUUCGUGCUGGCGAACGAUGCCAAUCCGGACUGCGGCGAGCUUAUUUCGGUCAAUUUGGAGAGGGCCGGUGUCGAAAAGGAGAGGUGGGAGGUUAAACAUCUUGACGCAAAUCGGCUUCUGACGGAGCGUUAUUUGGAAAGGGAUUAUUUUGACUUGAUUGAUGUGGAUUCUUUUGGAAGCGACUCCACUUUCUUGAGGUCUGCCAUGUGUUCUGCCAAGUUGGAUGGGCUUUUGUAUCUCACUUGUACGGAUGGCUACUCGUCUGGUGGGCACCGUCCGCAGCAUACCUUGGCUGCAUACGGAGCUUACGUGAAGCCAAUGCCAUAUUCAAAUGAGAUUGGAUUAAGAAUGCUUAUAGGUGGUGCUCUGCGUGAAGCUUCUGUGUUGGGUUAUCACGUGGUGCCACUUUUCUCCUGCUACUCAUACCAUGGCCCCGUGUUUCGAGCAAUGCUCCAACUUAGGCGUGGCAAGUUUCCCUUUAAGAGGCAUUAUGGUUUCAUCAGCUACUGUAUUCAAUGUGGAAAUUCCCAGUCAAUCUCAUGGGAUAAACUCGGUCAAAUGAGAUGCACUUGCCAUGAUGUUCCUGGUUCGCUUGUUGUUUCAGGGCCCCUUUGGACUGGACCUCUUCACAAGUCUUCUUUUCUUACUGAAAUGCUAAACUUGGCUGAAGAGUGGGGCUGGAUAGGCAAUGGAACAGGAAAACCUAUGAAAACUCUGCUAAAGAUCAUGAUUGAUGAAAGUGACCCCUUAUUGCCAUUUGGGUACAUCAAACUAGAUGAGGUAUCAAGACGAGCAAAGAUGAACUCCUCUCGUUUGGACACUUUUUUGAAUGCCUUGCACAAGGAAGGUUAUGCCGCCUGUAGGUCACAUAUUGCCUCCAACGCAAUCAAGACAAACUGCUCUAUGGUUGAUUGCGUGAGGCUUGCUAAGGAACUUCGACAGGCUGCUGGUGAAACGUUGCAUAGUUGCAUGGAAGCAGUGGCGGAGCCAGGAAUUAAUUUGGGAGGGGGCUGAACUUACAAGGGGGUUCGGGGGCGGUAGCCCCCGAGAAAUUUUUUUUGGACAUUCUGUAUAUUUAAGGCAUUAUUUUAUUAAAAAACAAGCAUAAUAGUAAUAAUAAAGAACAACAUUUUCAUAGAUUAUAUAAUUUAUAUAUAUAACAAAUUAGUUUCAGUACAUUACAAAUUUUUUGGGACAUUCUGUAUUUUUAAAGCAUUUUUUAUUAAAAGACGAGCAUAAUAGUAAUUAUAAAGAACAACAUUUUCAUAUACUAUAUAGUUUUAAUAUAUUACAAAUUAAUUUCAAUACAUUACAAACUUUUUUUUUUUUAUCAUUUUGUACAUUUUAGGCAUUUUUUUUAUUAAUAGACAAGCAUAAUAACAAUAAUAACGAACAAUAUUUUCAUAAAUUAUAUAUUUUCAAUAAAUUACAAGCUAGAAUCAAUAAUAAUAAAAGACAAGCAUAGUAAUAAAAGCAAACAAAUUUUUUUUGGGCAUUCCAUCCAUUUUAGGCAUUUUCUAUUAAAAGACAAGCAUAAGAGUAGUGAUAAUAAUGUAUAAUAUUUUUAUAAAUUAUAUAGUUUUAAAUAACACAAUUAUCCUUAAAUUAAUUAUAAAUGGAAGAAUAUAACAAGCUAAUCAAUUUUUGUAAAACAAAUUUCUUUUAUAAUAUAAACAUAUAUCUCUAUAUAUAUAUAUACUAAAAAAAAUUCAAAAUUUGGGAGGGGGCUUCAGCCCCCCCUAGCCCCCCCUUGGCUACGCCCCUGCAUGGAAGCAUAGCAACGAUAAACCCACCCGGGAAAGGUAUUUUCCUGGAUCUCAGGUUGUGAAGAAACCACAUAUGUUGGCUUUGCUAAAGACUGCUCAAGAAUGUAGCAGUCGAUUGCAGAGGACCACGAACCAGUCUGGCAGCUAUGCCAUUGACUAUAUGCCCAACUCCAAGCUUGGCCUCAGACAGGGAUGGUAUUUACUGGAGUGCUAAUCUGUAUUUAUUGGAGUGCUAAUCUUGCAGGGAACAGACCAUACUCUUGUUCUGUUUAUGUGAAUUUGUGGGCGUGCUGGGGAGGAGAAAUGUAAAAUUCAAUUUUGUUGCAAAUUUCCUAUAUGUACAAACACAAAUACAUGCAAAUUUAUUGCCGUAAAUUUCAUUAUGUCACGGUUUACAU